UUUAUUUUAGUUUUUAUUAUUGUAAUAUUUAUUUAUUGUAUUAUAUUUUUUAUAUUUAAUAUUUAUUGUAAUAAUAAAUUUGCUAAUAUAUGAAUUUAUUGUGAUUUUGCAAUUGAAUAAAAGAAAUAAAAAUUUUAUUUCAAAUAACUACAUAAAUUUGUCCAAUAAAGCCCCAAUUUAUUAAUGAACAAAUAACAAUGGAUGGCAUAACCACCAGUAUAAAUGCAAUAUUAAAAAAUUUGAUUAAAAAUUUUAAUACAUUACUCGAUUGUCCUGUGCGUUUUUCAGGAGAGUAUGAUGCGAAGAAAGUGCACAAUUUUAUAGAAUAUAUUGAGCAUUAUAAAAGAAUAAAAUGUAUAGGUGAUGAACAAGCUUUGCAAGAGCUACAAUUUCUAUUGCUGGAUCAAGCACAUACGUGGUGGCUACGUCGAAAAGCGAAUUUAAGUACUUGGUCGGAAGCUCUAACAAUCUUAGAAAACCAAUAUUCUAAACGAAGGCCAGCUCAUGUAGUCUAUAUGGAAAUACUGAAACAUCAUUACGGGGACUACGAGUCCAAGGAUGAUUUCAUUGAUGAUAAAAUUGAAUUGUUUAAUGAGUUGUCCCAACCUGAAUUGAGGGAGGAAAAUAAAUUACAAAUAAUUUAUGCAUUAUUACCAAAUGAAAUACAAAAUAAAGUGAAAAUUGUAGAUGUCAGUAAUAUAAAAGCUUUAAAAGAACAAUUAAAGUUAAUUAAAUUGGAUAGUGGUCAAGUAGCUGCAAGUGCAGAUAAUGUAAGAACUGAUACUAACUCUACAGCAACAGAAAACGUAACUUUUGCUGAAACACAAGAUAAUAAUGCCAAUAAGGAUGCUGUUAAUCAAGAACCAAGUGAUCAGUCAACAGUUACGAGUACGGAAAGUAAUGAAGAUCCUGAAAGAGAUCCUAUAAUUAAAGUUAGGCGAACUGAAGAUUUAAUGCCUGCAGAUAUUAAGGAAGAGGAUGCCCCAACACAGCAGGAAGAGUUUAUAACCACUAAUACUGAAUCGCAAAAUAAUGCAACACAUAUAAAUCAUGAAGAUUUCCAUAUUGACUCGGAUAUAAUGAAUCAAAUUAAUAAUAUAAUUGAUGAAUCAGAAAUGAAUAUGAAUGCCAUAAACAACAAUUUGGAAUCUUCCUCAGUUGUAAAACCAGCAACAAAUGGCAUUGCCUCUUUGGAACUACUAGGUUUUAAUAUAAGAACGAUCAACCAAGUUCAACCAGAAAUAACGCCCAAAACAUCUUCCGACAAUCAAAGCAAUAAAACUUCAUUAAAUGUAACAAAAAAAUUAAAAAUACGUUGCUCUUAUUGUCGUAAGUGCAAUCACACCGCACAAGUGUGUUUCAAAAGAGCCAAACAUAUGAAAGAAUUUCCGGAAAAAUUUCUGGGCUUACAAACAAAAGAAAACAAUGACAUUAUAAACUCAAAAAAUAGUGAGGAACCAAUGGAAACUUUGCCAUCAAAUAAUACUAAUAGUAAUAUUAGUUCUCCAAAUGUUUCUACUGCUGAAACUAUCACAAAAGUACCAACUAUUUUAUCAACUACCUCAAUACCUCAAACAUCGCUUACAGCCACAUCAAGCGUAGUUACAACUUCUCCUUCUGUGAUUUUAAAUAAUAUUCCUGAAAAGUGUAUUAACUCCUCACUGUUGACUACUAAAUUAAUUGCACCUAUUAAUGGCAAAACAACAUCAAAAUUACGCAGCAUAAAUACACCAUCGCCUAAAUGUCAUCAGUGUGGCACAGUGGGAUUUUACAAAAGCAUUUGCCCCAAUUGUAGUCCUAUAUAUAAUAAUAACAAUAACAAUCAUAAUCCAUUUGGUAAAUAGUAAUAUAGGGAAAAGCGUAACUAUUGUACUUCUUUUUGGGAAGUAACUUUAAUUUUAAGUAUUUUAUUAAAAGAAUUUAUUUGUACAAUUAUACGACACCAAUUGCGAAUUGUACAAUUGUUUUAUUUAUUACUAGCUGGCCCGACAGACGUUGUUCUGUCCAAAUUAGAAAAAAUGUUUAUGUUCGAUUUGUAAUUUUUGAUAAAUUGAAAAAAGUGGGCGUGGUCAAUUAUUCUUUCAGUAAAACUUUAAAUUUGAUUACUACGAACAUGUUUUAAAAAAUUUA